AGUAAUCCUUUUAAUGGCCUCUUUGUCGCUACCGGAAGUUGUCAGUUUCAGACUCAUUUGCAUACAAUAUUUUGCUUUCUGUUUAAAUGAAUGGGGAUGAAAAUGACAGAAAAUAUAUCAUGAUCUCGAUAUCUAGCCAUGGCUAGUAACGGAUCUAGGCGACAUGGAACAUCUACUAUGAAAAUUCGUUUAACAGUUCUAUGUGCCAAGAACUUAGCCAAGAAAGACUUCUUCCGCCUUCCUGAUCCCUUUGCUAAAAUUAGUGUGGAUGGUUCCGGCCAGUGUCAUUCUACUGAUACAAGUAAAAAUACCUUGGAUCCAAAAUGGAACCAACAUUAUGACCUGUAUAUAGGGUCUAAGGACUCUGUAACUAUUAGUGUAUGGAACCAUAAGAAGAUCCACAAGAAACCUGGUGCUGGAUUCUUAGGAUGUGUUCGUAUUAUGUCCAAUGCAAUACAACAGUUGAAAGACACUGGAUUUCAACGUUUGGACCUACAGAGGAAUAACAGUGAUGAUAAUGAUAAUGUUCGUGGACAGAUUGUCAUCAGUUUGAUAUCCCGGGACCGAGGAGGUUCAGGCUCCGGUCCAGUUAAUACUGAUGCUUCAGGAAUACCUCCAUCGAUUCCUAGUGAUCCUAAUGAAUUACCAGAAGGAUGGGAAGAGAGAAGAACAGCAAGUGGACGAGUACAUUAUGUCAAUCACAUUACCCGAUCCACACAAUGGGAGAGACCAACAAGACCUGCCUCAGAAUGCAUGAGAAACAGUAUCAUGGUGAACACAUCACAACCUAGCCAAUCCAGUUCAAAUAGAUUGUCAAAUAAUAACAAUAGUAGUUCAAGUAAUAAUAAUGAAGAACCACCGCUACCUAGACGACGGUCAACAAGACAUAGAAAUUACCUCAAUCGUUCACAGUUACAUAAUGCUGUGGCAUUACCAGAUGGAUACGAACAACGAACGACACAGCAAGGUCAGGUGUACUUUUUACACACGAGAACAGGUGUUAGCACAUGGCAUGAUCCCAGAGUUCCAAGGGAUUUGUCAAAUGAUGAGAUUCGUGAAGAAGACCUGGGUAGAUUACCUUCUGGUUGGGAAGUCAGACAUACAGGCAAUGGCAGAGUUUAUUUUGUUGACCAUAAUAGUCGAACCACUCAGUUUACAGAUCCCAGGUUGUCUGCCAAUAUUAGGUUGUUACAGCAUAGAGGAGGACAAUCCAGUUCCAAUAGGUCGAAAGACAAAGAGAAUGAAUCACCAGUGCCUAAAUAUAAAAGGGACCUAGUCCAAAAAAUGAAAAUUUUACGACAAGAACUUCAAAAUUUGCAACCUCAGGGAGGACAUUGUAGAAUGGAAGUUUCUAGAGAUGAAAUAUUUGAGGAUUCCUAUAGACAAGUAAUGAAAUUACGGGCGAAGGAUUUACGGAAAAGAUUAAUGGUUAAAUUCAAAGGAGAGGAAGGCUUAGAUUAUGGAGGUGUUGCAAGGGAGUGGUUAUAUCUAUUAUCACAUGAAAUGCUGAAUCCCUACUAUGGUCUUUUCCAGUAUGCCAGGGAUGAUAUCUAUACAUUACAAAUAAACCCAGACUCUGGGGUGAAUCCAGAACAUUUGUCAUAUUUUCAUUUCGUUGGUCGUAUUAUUGGCGUAGCCAUAUUUCAUGGACAUUAUUUAGAUGGAGGAUUUACUAUGCCUUUCUAUAAACAUCUGCUGGGUAAAACUGUUCAGUUAAAUGAUUUGGAAGAUGUUGAUCCUGAACUCCAUAGAAGUCUAGUCUGGUUAUUAGAAAAUGAUAUAGAAUCAGUAUUGGACCAUACAUUCUCAGUGGAACAUAGUUCCUUUGGUCAGGUGACACAAUAUGAACUUAAGCCAGGAGGCGAUGAUAUCAAAGUGACGGAAGACAACAAAAAAGAAUAUGUCCGGUUAUAUGUGCAGUGGAGAUUCAUGCGAGGGAUUGAGGCACAGUUCUUAGCACUGCAAAAAGGUUUUAACGAGAUCAUUCCACAACAUAUGCUUAGACCUUUUGAUGAGAGAGAAUUAGAGUUGAUGAUAGGUGGUCUUGGUAAAAUAGAUUUAGAUGAUUGGAAACAGCACACAAGAUUAAAACACUGCAAUCCUGAUACAAAUAUUGUCAAAUGGUUCUGGAAGGCUGCUGAUGGCUUCUCAGAUGAAAUGAGAGCUAGACUAUUACAGUUUGUAACAGGCAGUUCAAGAGUUCCAUUACAAGGAUUCAAAGCUCUACAAGGCUCAACAGGUGCUGCUGGCCCAAGAUUAUUUACAAUACAUUUAGUAGAUACAAAUACAGACAACUUGCCUAAAGCUCAUACAUGUUUCAAUCGAAUAGACAUCCCUCCAUAUGAAUCAUAUGAAAAACUAUUAUCAAAAUUGACUUGUGCUGUAGAUGAAACAUGUGGUUUUGCUGUUGAGUGAUUUGUAUUGUGCAUUUCGUUAUGAGUGGAAUUCAGAUGGAAAUAUUGUAUGUUGUUGUGGAAGGAUAUAAAUGAUUAAUUUAAAAGGAAAGACCAGAACAAUUGCACGAAAGAGCUAUUUGACCAGCGCUAUGGAGUACCUAUGUCACAAGAAUCUGGAAAGGAAUUAAAAUUCAUUUUUUUUUUAUUAAGAAAUCAAUCAUAUGUACAGUUUAUAUUAUUUGAGUAGAUUUUUAGGUUGCUCUGUUUUUCUAUUUAAAGUGUUUUCUCCUUUCCAUGUAUAAAAUUCCAUUCUUUUAUAUGUUUAGUUAUGGAAAAAAAUCUUAAAAAGAUAGUGAAAUCAUUUUUUUAUAACACAAUUCAUUGCAUUCAAUUUUGCAAAAUCAAAAUAUUUUGGAACAAAUAUGAAUGAUCAAAACCUGCAUGUAUACAAAAUGUCAAUCAUACUUAUAGAGAAAAAAAAUCAGAUUUUUUGAAAAAAAGUUUGAAAUUUAUAAAUUUUGUGAUAUGUUUUGGUCAACAAUCUCUUCUUUGCUGUUAAGAGCAAUUCAUGGGUCCUUGAAAUCACAGAAAUAGUAAAAAAAACAUCCUUUGCAUUUAAAAAUAUUUUUUUGAUAAAUAGAAAACGGAAUAGAGUCUGGUAACUUUAUUGCAGAAAUGAUAUUUGAGGUGUCAUCUUACCAAAAAAUGGCAAUUUUACACAUAGAUUUGGGUAAAAUUUAAUAUAAUUGUUAUAUGUGUUGCUAAAGUUUUUUGCAUGUGAUUAGUCAAUGAAUUAUGCAAAGAUAUUUGUAAAGUCAUUAUGUGGCAAAAUCUUUUAAUUUUUAUUUGAGCAGAGCAGAGCUUUUGCUGAUUACUGAAUAUUAAUAAUGUAGCUAUCAAAAUUGUUCAAUUUUGAAACUAUUUGAAACAAAAAACUAACAAAGAAAAAAAUAAUUCUUUAAAAAAAAUGUGAACACUAUAAAUUAAAAAUGAUUAAAGACAGAUGUUAAAAUGCCAGUUUAAGAUUAGGGACCAAAAAUUAAAGCUGGAAAGGCUUAGGACUCAAAACACUAAUUAUUUAUAGAUUACUAUGUACCUUCAAGUUAAAACUUAUAACUAGUAUUAAAUAAGGAUCUCUUUCUUUCAUUUGGACACCUUAAACAUGUUAAAAAUGAAAAGAUAUUAUUCAAUUAAAUAGUUAACCUCCAAAAAGGGUAAAUGUGCUGAAAUUCUUUUUUGAGAACCCAGAAUUGAAAUAGGCUAUUUGUGAGUUAUCAUCAGUUUUCCUUAAGACAUUGUCCUCAGUUCAAAUGUAUUUUUUUUUUUCAUUUUAGUUGUUUUAUAUCAGUUGAAUGCUGGUUUUAACCAGAAUCAGAUUUUUUUAAUUAAUUUAAAGACUGAAUUUAUAGACCAAAUAUCAGACUUGUUAGGUUUUAUUUGUGUUCUACAUCAUUACUGGUAUAUAAGUGUAAUGACACUUUUAUUAUGUUCUUCAUUUUCAUACAAAAUAAAAUUUGUUGGAAGUGUAUUAUUAUACUUUUUAAAACUGUGUAACACACCUCAGCAAGACUGAAUUUUAAAUUAUUUAAGCAAUAUUAUUGUAUCUGUUGUGAAAUAUAUUUAAAACAUUGAUAGUAAAUAAGAGUAGGAUAUUUAUGAAUAGUUGGUCUCAUUAUAGAGAGAGAUGGUCUGCAUGAUGAAUAGGCUAUGUUUUAAUGUGUAUAGGUGUGUAUGUGUGGAGAGUAUAAGUGUGUAUAUGUGUAUGAUUACAAGGUGAUGUUUGUAUAGAUUUGUAUAAAGUAUGGGCAUAUUUAUAUUGACACAAACAAGUUUAACAUAUCAUGGUGUAUAUAGAAGUUACAUUAUUUUCUUAUCAUAUAAUGGUCAGAUUUUUUUUAAGUAUGUAAAUGAUUUUCUAUUGUGUGUUUUUCUAGACCAAACUCAUGACACUUUUCUUAGUUGUUAUUCAUUGCUCAAUUAAAGGGCUUUUCUGUUAUUCUAGAUUUAAUUAGGUAAAUAGUGUUUGAAUGGUCAAGGAAGUCCUUGUGAACAGUUUUCAAGAUAAUUUUCAUUGUGUUGACUCACUAAUGUCUCAGUUGAUCCAUAAAUUAGAAUAUUUUUACAACUUGAUCAUUUAUUGAAUAAAUGCAGUCUGUUAAUGUAUAGAUACUUUUAUUUGCAGUGUUUAACUUCUGUAGCCCAGAUAUUAAGCAACCAUAAGUAACUAUUUUCAAAUUAUCACGGCUUAAAAAAGAAAUCCAAGAAACAUCUUUUCUUAUUUUAAUGUUUCAUGAAAUUUAUAUUUCCUUAAGUCAGUACCUCACUCCUAAUUUGAUUUGUAAAACUCUGCUUAGUAAUGAUUACAUUGUAUAGAUAAAGCAUAAAUGUAUUAUCUACUUGAUUAGGUAUGUCUUCCCAUCAAACACAAGAUUAUAAAUUUUCUUAUUAGCUUAGAACGUUCUCAAUGCACUUGACAGAUUGAGCCAAGACAGUACUGUUUAUUCUUUUGAUAAGGUUCAUUUCAUUUUUCAUUUUCGACCAGAUUGCAAAUUGACCAAAUUGACCUAUAGUUUGGUGAAUGUAGUGUAAUUAGAAGUGUCCUUAUCAUUCAUAUGGCAGGACAAAUUACAAUCCAUAAGUAAUACAAUCUGUCAAUUUCAUUUUUGACCUAUCUUUUAGUGCUUAUUUUGGAGUAUAUGAUUAUCAAAAGAAUUAAUAUUAAAUGUUGAACGUAACCAAACUUGGAAAAAUUAAAACAGUGACUGUUCAAUGAGGAUCACAAUUUUUGCCAUAAUGAAGUCAAACAAAAUUGUUCUCAGAUUAAAUAAUAAAUUCAUUUCAUAAUCUGUCAUUAUUCAUUAGCUAUCUUGUUGUAAAUAGUUAGUCUACAAAAAGAACUUUUAAAAACUAGUUAUCUUCCCUUUGUGAUUUGUUUUCUGUGUCAACUGUGAUCCCUGUUUGUGCCUUUAUAUGUACAGAUGAUGUUGUUCCAAGAUUAACUGGUUGUUUAUGAAUGUGUUAGUGCUAGCAUUCAGCUUUUAUUGUUUUUAUCCUUGAUAUUAAUACUCUUAAUUUACCAAUUUUAUUAAAGAAGCAGUUAGCAAAUACAUGUACCAAGGUUUCAAUUUCAAUUUUUUAAUCCUUUCAGUAGAAAUUGUUGUAUUAAAAAAAGUUUUCUAUAUUAAUCAAUUUUAUAUGAAUUUUAUCAUUUUAGUCAUUUUACUAUGCAUUUAAUUGAAGUAGUUUUUAUUUUUCAUUAUUCUUGAAUAAAUAAAUAAAUAUAAACUUAAUGUUUUUUGGUCAUUUGUUUUUAAAAUCGGAUAUUUUAAUAUGUAGCGAUUUUUUGAAAAUAAAAUUAUUGUUUUUAAAGUUCACUAAUAAGAGUAGAAUUUGUCUCACUGUUCUGUUAAAUCACAAAUGUUGUCAGUAUUUGACUUUUACCAGUAGAAAUUGCUAUAAGUUUCAAAGUGACAAAUUAGUUUUGUUCAAUGUGAAGCUACUUGAGCAAGGGCUACCUGAAAUCCAUAUAAACUGUUCAUGCAAAUAAAGAUAUUUGUGACCAAGAAGUGAAUGUUAGAAAAAGUAAUUUUACAAGAUCGGCAAUUUCAAUUAAAGAAGAAAGUAUAUUUUUUGUAUGCUUUCUUGUUAAAUUUGAAAAGGUAGGGAUUUUUAUAAAUAAAAUGGCAAAUUAAAUAUUUCUUUCUUUAUUGUUGUAGCUUUAGCUAACAACAGUAUGUUUCUCUUUUGCCCUCGUAUUUAUACUUUGGCAUAAGAAAUUAUCCUAGAGUUAAACAUAUUUGUUUUUUCCUUUUUUAUAUGGUAAAUAAAAUGUUUUCAUUCAAUUUUUAUGUGUCACAAAUUUUAUAAUUUAUAACAGAUAGUUGUUUUCUACUGGUUUACUCAGGUCUCAUGUUACUGACUAUUAUCAUUUACUGUUGUAAUUAAUGUGUAAUAUUUAUAUGAAAUGCACAUUGAACUCCAUACUAAGUUUAUAACUAUUGAAGAAAAAAUGUAUUUAUAUUAACUAUCAGCCCUUUGAAAAAUAUAAAAUGGGGGCGAUGAAAUUUGAAGAUUUUUUUUAUAGUUACGCACAUGUGAAAAAAUACUUUUUAUUCUUGCUAACAUUGGUUAAAAACAUUUUUUCAAUUAUCAACAAAAGACAUUUCUGAUGUGUAACAUCCAAAUACUGUCUAAAAUUUCUUACAACAUAUGUACAGGAGUUGAUUACCUGGUCAACCCUGCAGAACACAAUAUUAUCAUAAGGUAACAAAAUGGCUCAUGAAAUGAUCUGAAAAAUAAAAUAUGUAAGCAGUUUGUUAUUGGUAGUAUUUCAUAAUGUCAUGACCUUAUUUGACCUUGGUGCUACAAUUCUCUGUUCAUUCUUCUACUGACAGUGCUCAUCAUUUUAACACAUUCAUUGUACAGGUUAAUCACAACAAUAAAAUAUUAAAAAUUCAAA